AUGGCUUUUUCCCGUGCUGAAAGGAAUCGGUUACUACGAGACAGAGAUAUUCUCCCACCGCUUGCGGAAAGUCCAUUUGGACCGUUUCCAACUGGCCAUGGUGCGAAGAAUGAGGUAACAGUUAUUAAGAAUGCAGGCGCUCCUGCUGCAACCAAGAAGCGUACAGAUAUUGUAGAGGGAAAACAACAACAAAAGCACGCAGCUGAAGAUCUUCCACAAAAGCAAAUACUUGUGGGACAUACUGGAACAGGUGGCAUGACUUUCAGUACAUUUAAGGGGAAAGGAGACUCUUCUUCUCUUCAUGAUGGUCGAUUUGGUGAUCCUAAAGGACCUGGUAAAGCAGGAGCCUUUAAAAAGCAAGUUAUUCCUCCUACAGAGUUUCGCAGUCAUUAUGAACGAGGUGAUCUUCCUCUGACAAUUCAACAAGCAGCGUCUCGUUCCCUUUUAUGGCGUGUGGAUGUAACUACCUUGGAUUAUCAUCAUUUUUUGCCUAUAUUCUUUGAUGGACUUCGAGAACUUGAGGAACCUUUUCGGUUUGUAGCCAUUCAAGGUUGCUAUGACCUUCUUGAUAGAGGAGGUCCUAAAAUUUUACCAACAAUACCACAGCUUAUUGUACCUAUAAAAACUGCAUUGAAUACACGUCACCCAACUGUUAUUGUAAAUGUUCUUAAAGUUUUACAAAAACUUGUAUUGAGUGGAGAAUAUGUUGGUCAAGCCCUUGUACCUUACUACCGACAAAUACUUCCCAUAUUUAACCUGUAUAAAAACAGAAAUAGGAAUUUAGGCGACCGUAUGGACUUUUCCCAAGUUAAAAGGCAGAACAUAAGUGACCUUAUAAAUGAAACGCUGAAUUUAUUCGAACGCUACGGUGGGGAAGAUGCGUACAUCAAUAUCAAGUACAUGAUUCCAACCUACGAGUCUGGUGUGAUGUAA